AUGACCGGAAACAAAACAGUGUGUCGGUAACGGUUACCUGUCAGCUCGUGCCCCGGUGUGUGUCAGCGCGAGCACUCACCGUACGGAGCCGGUAACGGAAGUACAGAGGAGAUAAAGCAGCGUUAGCAGGAGUUAGCAGCAGUUAGCCUAGCCUAGCUUAGCCUAGCUUAGCAUGGGGGCGCACCGCAGUGAUGGAGGCCGGGACUGGCUGCAGCAGGACGGACCGGAACCACCGGAGACUCUCCCGAAGCCAUGGAACUUGAUGAUCAAACACAGGCAGAUCCACAGACGAGGUCGUCGUUCUCACAUGACGGUCAGUUAUACGGAUCCUCAGGUGUCCAUGGAUCUCCUGAGGUCGGUGCUUCAGCCGAGCUUCAAUGAUGACAUCAUGGCCGUCUUCAGGAAGUACCAGAAGUUCUUUGAGAAGGCGGCGGAGAACGUGAAGGAGAACGUUGGCGAGGACGUUCAGACGGAUCAGCUGAUCAAAGAGGCCUGCAGGAACGUUUUGGAACAUGCCAAACAGCUGUUUCCAGAGGCGGAGGUGAAGAGGCCGGGGUCAGAGGUCGCCAUCAAGAGAUCCAGAGCAGCUGAUGAUGAUUGCAGUCAAAGAGGAAGCCCCGUCCCCAAAAAGAGGAAGAACCGUGUGAGCGCUGCAGUCAACUCUGAUCGACCUUUGACGUUCUCCAGUCAAGUGAAGAUGAAGUCUGAGCCAAUCAAGAGAGAAGGACCGAAGUGGGAUCCAUCCAGACUGAACGACAGCAGCACGUUUGUUCUCGGCUCCAGAGCUAACAAGGCGCUGGGGAUGGGCGGGACCAGAGGACGCAUCUACAUCAAACAUGCUGAUCUGUUUAAGUAUGCAGCGGAUGCGAAGGACAAACAGUGGCUGGCAGAGCGACAUCACAUGAGAGCGACAGGCGGGAAGAUGGCCUACCUGCUGAUCGAGGAGGACAUCCAGAAUCUGUCUCGCAGUGAUGAGUAUAAGGACUGCCCGGACGUGAGGAUGGAUGAGCUGAAGCCGUUCUCGGUUCCGGUCUGGAUGGUGGAGAAGAUGCAGCGAGCGAUGGAGGCUCAGAGAGACGCCGACCCCUGAUCAUGUGACCAGCUCGCUCUGCUCUGAUUGGCUCCUUACACUUUUUUAUUCUUCUUAAAAAAAUCUAAUAAAA